CUAUUUAGCCAUUUUUUUAAAUUGCAAUAGACAGCAGGUUGAAAGAUGUCCUAAAUUUUGCAAUAUUAAAACAUGGAUACAUUGUCAAUUGAAAUAAGAGGAAUACCUCCAGUGUACAGCAAGUUUAAAUUGAGUGCUUUUUUGAGAAAAUGCCCUGGAGGUGGAAACAUUGUGGAAAUUAUCAAAGAUGGAUCAAAAACACAAGUCAGAUUUGGUAACAGUGAAGCUUUAAAGGCAUUUCGUGAUGGAGGACCAUAUGAACUUGAAUUUGGUGGAAAACAUCAGCUGGAAAUUAUAUAUACUAAAGAAAGUCCAUCUGAAGGCAUUGCUCAAUCUGUUCCCUAUGUUCACCAAUAUACCCCACUAAAUGACAUAUCUAAUACUUAUCAAUGGUCCACAUUGACAUCAAUGGGGUUGGCUGCAGAACCUGGAUCUAGAGGUCUUUUGGUACAAAAUACUGGAGACAACACUCAGCUUGAAACAAUCAAGAAAUACUUUGAAAGCGAGAAGCACAGUAAUGGAGGUUUGACCAAAAGUAUCGUGAAAGUGCAUGAUGGCAUUUUGAUAUUUUUUGAAGAUGAAACUAAGAUUGAUGCGGUGUUGGAGACUCAUAAUAGAAAGGUUUUAACAUUUCCAAGUGGAAAACUAGAACUCCAUCCAAAGAUCUUUCCGAAAAUAUUUUCAGAUCGCGUGGUUAUAAAAAUUCUUGAACCUAAUUCUGGUGCUACUAUAGAAGAAACUGCAUUCAAUUUGACACUUUCUAUUGAAUCGACAAAUAAUACUGUAGAUGUGCUGGACUGUCACCAUUGUGGGUUGGGAACAUUUCUUGUGAAAUUUAAAAACUCUAUAGGCCCAUCUGAACUUCAUGAUAUGAUCGGCAAACUCAACUCUGAGAAAGAUGACAAAAGGGCAUCUAUACUUCUACGAUCUGAUGUUUUGUCCGUAAAAGGUGAUGACAUAACAUCAUUGCCUGAAGAUACUUUGAACUUGUUUUUUUCAAAUAAGAAACGGUCAGGUGGUGGACCUGUUACUUUGGUUAAAAGAUCAAAGAAUAGGACUUUCAUUCAUUUUUCAUCUUAUGAAGAUGCAGAAAAUGCUGAACAUUUCAUCAAGAACAGGGAUCCUUUCAAAAUACAAAACAUUGUAAUAGAGGUAAAUCUAUACUAUGACUGCCUAUAUGAAGAAGAAUUGCCAGAAACUGAUGAAUCAAGAGAAGAAAAAGAUUUAUUAAAAAAGACAGAAUUGAAAAUGUACUCACAUGUUGUAACACGGGACAAUGAAAAUAUUUUGGAAUUUGCAAAAGAUUCGCUAUGGAAUAUAUGUAAGCACUCAGCAACUUUAAAAUUAUACGGUCACAACUUGGUAGAAUUUACUCCAAAGGUUGAGAUGGACACAGCGACAAGUAUAUUCAAAACGCAAGAAGAUUUCGAAACAUUUUGUAGACAAAGUCUAGAUGAGUUUUUUUCGCAAUAUUCAGUUGAGCAAAAGACCUUUGAGAGACAAAUGCUAAAAAAUGGUAGAUGUUUCCAUGAGCAAUUGACGCCAGAUUAUUUUCAAAGGAACCCAUCAAGAAAUGCAAGUGUUAGGUGGACUUCAAAUACAGUGAAAGUUGUCGGUGUUGAAAAAGAAGUGAAAUCAAUAAUAGAAACUCUCACUGAGUUGGUUGAAAAAUAUCUGAUAGAGGAUAUACAUAUACCAGAUGACAAAUUCCAAAUGAUAAAAGAAUGCAAUGUAUGGAAUGAUCUCAUGAAGAAUGUUAAUAGUCACGUAAAAUGCGUACGUGACCAACAGAUCUUAAAAAUGUGUGGGACUGAAAUUGAUAUUAAGCUUGGUCGUAUGUGUCUUGAGAAUUAUUUGAAGUCUUCAAGCAAAGUUCCAUUGACAAAAAUGGAAACAGAAAAACUAGCAUUUUUGAAACAAGUCCUGUCAAAAGCAUGCAAUUCCAAUGCCAAGAAGUUUAUUCUGGACAAGUUUCAUGCCAAAAAUAUUCAAGCUACUUUGAAGCUGUCUGGAGACAAUGUUUAUCUGACGUCAUUCGAAGAACUUCCGAGUGAAAAAUGUACCGAAGCCUUGGAAAUAUUAGAAGCCAUUAUUCUUGUCCAUCUCAUUACGCUUGAUGAAGCAAAGAAAAAUGCAUUGAAAGAAAAUAAGUGGAAUGAGCUCAUUAAAGAUUUGUCAGAAAGUAGUUGUGUUUAUAUUAAUAUGAAGAGUGCAUCAAUAAAUUUGGUGGGUUUAAAAAAUUUGAUUCAUGACAUAAAGCCAAGAGUAGAGGACUUUUUUCAAAAAAAUGUGACUCAGGAAAAAAUCAUCAAAGCAUGCUAUGGAAAGGCCAAGUUUAUUGCUGAGAGAUCUAGUGAUUUCAGUUCUUUCAAUUGUCAACAGAAAGGUAUCGAAAUUGCACUAACUCAUAGAAAUGGUGGCGGAAUUUCAGUGAGAGGAAAAUUUAUUGCACUAGACCAAGCUGAAAAAGAUAUAAGUAGAGCAUUGCAAUGUGUAAAGGAGAAAACUGAAAUUAUGGUGGAUCCAGGUGCACAUGAGUACUUUCAUUCUGAGGCUGGAAGAACUUCCAUCAACAAUAUUGAGGUACUUUGUGAGUGCACAAUUUUAAAAGACUCACCAAACUGCGAAGAGUGGCAACUAGAUGGGGCAACAGCUUCAAGCAGAGCUGCUUUGUCAAUAAAGUCGCUGCCAAUAAGUCCACUAUUUGUGGGUAUUCUCGCAAAAAAAAAAUUGUCCGUUAAAGUGAGCAUAUGGAAAAAUGACUUGACUGAUCAUGCUUGCGAUGCUAUCGUUAAUCCAACAGAUGGUAAAUUCUCUAUGGGUGGAAAGCUAUCUGAGAAUAUCAUUACGAAAGGUGGAAAUGAAAUUCUCAAAAGUGCCAAACAAAAGAAAUUUAACAUUGGUGAUGCCAUUAUAACUGGUGCAGGAAACCUGAAAUCUUGUAAAAAAAUAAUACACGUGGCUGUACCUAGGUAUCAGUCUGGUGAUAGAGAUGCUCAAAAAAAGUUGCAAUCUUGUGUAUUCGAAGCUAUGAAAAUAGCAGACAAAAAUAAACUGAAGAUAAUUGCUUUUCCUGCACUGUGUUGUGGAAAGGCAGAUCUUAGAGAAAUUAGAGAAAUUGUUCAGUUGUUAUUUGAAUCUUUGCAAGAUUACAUUGCAGAAACAGCCAAGUGCUCAGUUGAAGAGGUGCAGUUAGUCGAAUUUGAAAAUCAAAAUGUCAUAGAUGAAAUGAAGAGAUUGGCAAAUGAGAAUUGUCGGUCACAUGUGGAACAACCAUUGCAACCAACGGUCAAUGUCGAAGUGUCAAAAAAUCAAGCAGUGAAUGUUCAAACGUUGCUUGUACUCGGAAGCAUAGCAGACCAGUCUGCAGAUGUUAUUGUGAACACCAUUGUUGCAGCACAUGUAAAUACCAUGAAAGGGGGAGCUGUCUCUAAUGCAUUAAGAAGAAAAUGUGGAUCAUCAGUAUUGAAUGAAUGUUCCAGUCUCAAGAAACCAUUUAAUUCUGGAAUGGUAUUAGAAACAUCUGGAGGCAAUCUAAACUGUAAAAAACUGUAUCACGCUAUCACUAGCGAAUGGAAUCCCAGGAAGUCUGAGGAAGUUGUACGUGAAAUUGUAUCCAAUUGUAUGAAGAAGGCUGAUAGGAGUGGAUUCAAAACAUUGGCUUUUCCUGCUAUUGGAACUGGAGGCUUCAAAUACCCGCCUGAUAAAGUUUCCAGCUGGAUGCGUGAUGAAAUUUCAUCAUUCAGGGGACUUUGUUUAAAUCAAGUUAUCAUUGUUUUGUAUCCAUCCGACCAACGUGUGUCUUUAGCAUUUGAAUCAGCAUUCAAACAAGCAGCACAUCCACAAGGAAAUCAGACAGCAGCUAUACCACAUGCUGUGUCAUCAUCUUUGCCUGGAUCUUCUCAUUCACAAAGUCAGUCUACAAAAUAUGGAGAUGUGACAGUAGCAGUGUAUCAAGGGGAUAUUACUGAGGAAAAAAGUGAUGCUAUUGUGAACAGCACAAAUAUGCAGUUUGACCUGAGCUCAGGAUUUGUUUCCGGGGCUAUAUUAAAAAAAGGGGGCAAAACGAUUCAAGAUGAACUUAAUAGCACAAAACAACGUCAGAAAACAUUCAAAGUUUCUUCUGGUGGUAUGUUGCCAUGCAAAAAAAUAAUCCAUGCCUACUUUCCUGAUCCUGGCAAUAUUGGAGGCAUUUCUAUGGAAGAUUCACUCCUAGACGUAUUGAUGGAGGCGGAUCGACUUGGCAUGAACUCUAUAUCCAUACCAGCCUUGGGAACAGGUAAUAAGAGCUGGGCAAAAAAUGAUGUAGCUACAAUUAUGGCAGACUGCUUUCUGAAAUUUUCAAAGAAAUCAGUUUCUAACGUUUGUUGUAUUAAUGUUGUGGUGUUCGAGUCUUCUAUGCUGGAUGAUUUUCAAAGUUGUAUAACUAAAAAUCCUCCCAAAAGUCAGUCAGGAAUUAAAGGCUAUUUCAAAGGUGCAUAUAGCUCAUUGAAAAGCUUAUGGAGUAGCGACGUGAAAGAACCCUCAGAUACUGAUACAGCCUAUUCACAAAAAGCACCAGAAGAGUUCAAACUUUAUUUGUAUUUCGAUGAGGAAAGGAACUUACAAGAGGCUUUAAAGAGUUUACAUGGAGAAGUAUCAAAAAUUUCAUCGAGGCAGAGCAUCGAUCUGAGUUCUUAUGAAGUUGACGUGUCGCAAUGUGACAUAGAAUACUUACAAAAUAAAUACGAUGUAAAAAUUGAGAAGCACACUACAAGAUUUUUACAAGAACUGAUUAUCUGGGGAUUAACAGAAAAAAUUGUCAAGGCUUUACCCAGCAUUCGAGAGUACAUCCAAAUUCUUGCAGAAGCGACUAAAUCAGUUAAACUUGUGAUAUGGAAACAUUCAGACGAUGGCUCCAAUUGGAACCGAUUUUCUGAAACUGACAGUUUAGCACUGGAACAAGAAUAUCAGAAAAAAAAUUUGCCAGAAUAUAAAGUUUAUGCUGUGAAUCUCUCAAGCCGACAAAUGUGUAAAGUUGAUUUUGAAUCAAACAUUUUAUUUCUGGAUCCGCCUUGUAAAGUACUACGACAGGAAGUUUUUGAGACAUUCAGAGAAUUGCCUCCAGAUUGGGAGACGGCAGAAGAUGGCAAAAAGGGUGUUAUCGUUCAAAAAAACUCUAAGGAAUAUCAAGAUGUGACAGAGAAUUUGUCUCGUCUAAAUUAUUUUGCCAACAUAUUAUCUGUGAAAAGGAUUCAAAAUGAGCAGCUAUAUUCUCAGUUUAUGAGUAAGAAAGUGGAAGUGGAAAAAAAGUUGCAAAAGUAUAAUACCAAUAAUCCCGUUGUACGAAAACUUUAUCACGGUACAACAUGUGCUGAUGAUAUUUUGGAUAAUGGAUUUGAUAAAGGUUUUGCAGGAAAAAAUGCCACCUUCUUUGGGAGAGGUGUGUACUUUGCAGUUUCGCCAAAGUACUCUCAUCGUUAUACUAGCAAAGAAAAGGGUGUAGAGAAGACAUUGUUCUUGGCCGACGUAAUAACAGGUGAUUUCUGUCAAGGAUCAGAAAAUAUGGUUGCACCUCCUUCAAGAUCAGCAACCAAUAAGACAGAGCUGUAUGAUAGCUUGGUGAAUGACCCAAAUCAACCAACAAUAUUUGUUGUAUUCAAGGAUGCUUCAGUGUAUCCCAAGUAUCUCAUCACCUACAAAUAUGACGAACAGUAACAUGAAUUAGUGACCAAAAUCAUUCUUUAUUAUAUAAAUGUAGUGUGUCAACUUGAUUUAUUGUACCUUAUUUUCUCUAUCAUUGCACAUCGUCCAACACUUUGUUUGGGAUUAGAUCCACAACAAGCAUUUUUGCUUGGUGCAAUCCUACUAAAGCAGGGUAAAAAUGCUAGAAUAGUGAUCGGAACGAGUGUUGUUAUAAACCAGUUAAGAGUUUUUGCUUAUAAUUUUACUUCUUACUAGUGUAUUGAAAGAUAAAAGCAAAUACUUUUCAUUAUAAGUACAUGUACUAUGUAGGGAACAGUUGAAUGCUUUUUUUGCAAAAUUUUAGUUUAGAAUUAUCACUCCGUGGUUCUCCACACCACCUGUGUUCAUCGAACAAGUGCUUGCAUUUUUGGUUCAUAUGAAUUAUUGUGUAUAUAUAGGUAUAUAAACCAGGGGUGUCAAACUCGUGGGUUCUCGUGGGCCGCAUUGCAUUUUUGGAAUUGUUCAAAGGGCCGCAAACAUUUUCUGGUAAAUAUUUAAUAAUGUAUACUUGGAGUAUAUUUUUAGACAGGUCUAGAUUGUGACAUAUAUU